GGCUUGGCGUCAGUAAUUGUGUAUAGUUGAGUCAGAGAUUAGGUAUAGUACUAGUGGGAUGCAUGAUUAUUGGUCACAAUACACAUUGUGACUUGAAUAUUAAAAAGCGUACGUCAUAUUUGUUGAAUGUCUUUAAUUUUUUUUUUUUAACUAUCAUUCAAUUCGCUCUAACUAAAUUUGAGAUUAAAAUAUAUUUAUAAAAUAAAUAGAAAUAAUGAUAUACAAUUUAAAACAAGUGUUAUAUUGAUAUUUUUUAUAUGAAAAAGACCAAAAAAAUUAAAAAAAAUAGAAAUGUGAUUCAAAUUCACAAACAAUUAAAAUAAUUUCAAAUGAUAUUCCUAGAGAAAAGUAGUAAUUCUAGUUUGAUAAGAUCAUGUAUUUACUGAUGAUAAUAUUUUUUAUAUUCCUUGAAAUUGGAGUGAAUUUUUGUUUUGCCAUUGAAACAAACAAUGAUUAUACACCUCAGAGAAAUUUAAAUUUUUCAAUUUUAAUUGGCAAAUGUUGCGAAUUAAAUGAAUUAUUAAAAGAUGACAAAUGCAUUCCUCUUAAUGAGACAAAAGAGACUCAAGUUUGGCGACCAACGGAAUCAAUUUUUGAUAGUGAAAAUCACUUUGAACGAAAUAAUAAACAACCUAAAGGAAAACUUGGUAAUUAUAAAUUAAAAAUUGGUUUGCCUCGAUGUCAGAAUGGAGAGCAUCAAUGGCAUGUUUAUCAUAGUCAAACUGGAUCCGAUAAAUUGUAUAUAUUACCUUCUGGAAUGUUACGACAUUAUGUUAUUAAAUCAAAUGAUGAUGAUGAUGAAGUAAAGAAAGAUGAAGAUUUUUAUUUUGACGAUGAUGCAUUAUCAAAAAAUAUUCAUUAUGAUUAUCCAUUUGGUCAUUAUUGUGCGGAUAAAGCAAUUUUAAGUAGAGAUGGAAUUGUCACAACAUAUGCAAUGGUAUGUGUACCAGAAUUAACGAGUAAAUGGACGGAAACGGAUCAAUUAAUUAGAUACAUUGUUGAUCCAAUAUUUCAUGCAAUUGCCAUAAUAAGCUAUUUUAUUGUAGCAAUAAUUUAUUUUGUUUUACCACAAUUAAGAAAUCUUGUUGGAAAUUCAAUUAGCAGUAUGUGUUUAUGUCUUAUUAUCAGCCAAUGUGUAUCAACAAUACGAAUAUUUAAACAAUUUGGAAAUCAUAUUAAUUUUUUAAUUAUUGAUAUUAUUUUAUAUGUCUCAUUAUUGGGUGCAUAUUUUUGGCUCACUGCAUUUGGAUAUUAUAUAUGGAAAACAUUUCGAUCAAGAAAUGUUUAUCUUCGUGUAACUGAUGCACGUACAUAUUGUUAUUAUUCAACAUUUGUUUGGAGUGCAACAAUAUCAAUAGCGUUUAUUGUUAUAUUUUCACAUUUCACAUUAGAAACAAAUAAACCAAUAAUAAGUGGUGUUAAUUAUUCUCCACAAGAAACAAUUGGAUGGCUUGGACUUUCAUUUCUUUUUAUGUGUAUUGGUUUUAGUAUAAUAAUAAAUUUUUGUUUUGUACUCACAACAGCAAAUACUAUUAAAAAAAUGAGUACAUAUAGUCGAAUACAACAUAAAAUGAAAUAUGGCUUUCGAAUGUUUGUUUUAUUAUUUAUAAUAAUGAGUGUAUCGUGGAUAUCAAUAUUAUUUUCACAAUUAGAAUACAAUGCCUUAAUAUAUUGCGAUAUAUUCAUUAAUUUAUUGCAAGGAAUUUUAAUUCUUUACGCUUGUGUAUUUGGACAAAAAAGAGUGACAUUUCUUCUUGGAAAAACGUGUAAUUGUUGUAUGUGGACUGAAAAUGUUGAAGGUAUCGAUUGGGGUGAAGAAAUGAUAGCAAUUAAUCUUGGCUAUUAAAUAUUCUUCAAAUUUUUUUUUUUUUGUACUUAAAACUUUUUCCCAAUUUUUUUUUUUUUGUAUUUUUAUAAACUUUUUUAGAAAUAAAUUCCAUUUUCUAAUAAA